AUGUCGACUGCGUCGACCCGCUACAUCUCUAUCGGCGCGAAUCGCUCCUCGUCGGGAGCGGCGAGCAGCAGCAGCGGUAUCCUUGCCUAUGCCGCAGGUACCACGGUUGCCCUUUGGAACACGAAUGACACCAAUCGCGGAGUCUACUCCACUCUUCUAGGCCACAAGGGACAGGUCACGACCGUCAAGUGCGCCGGCGAGUCCGACGCCCGCGCGACCUUUGUGUCGGGUGACGGCGUGGGCGAGGUUCGUGUCUGGGCGGAAGGCGAGAACAACCAGUUCAACUGCACACACAGCUUUAUCGCGCACUCUGGCGCGUCCGUGUCGGCCAUCGGCAUCAUCCCUACGUCUGGCACGGCUGUCGAGAUCUUGUCGGGCGGCUCGGACGGGAGCGUGAAGCGUUGGCGUGUUGGACAAGAGGGCAAGGUGGAACAAGUGCAGGUUCUUGACAUCAAGGGUCGUUUGCCGCUCGACCUCGACGUCGCACUCCUGCCUGGGUCAACCGCGCCAGUCCUCAUUGUGGGCUGCACGGACAGGAAGGUGCAGGUGUGGACGCUCAAGGAUGACAUGUUCAAGCACAUGCUCUCGCUCGAGGGACACGAGGACUGGGUGCGCUGCGUCUCCCUCACGCCAUACCUUUCGGCCGACGGCACUGGCACCGACCUCCUCCUCGCAACCGGUGCCCAGGACAACUACAUCCGUCUCUGGCGCAUCGCUCCCCUUGUCACUGAGCGCAAGCUCGACCUGCUGGACGAGUUUGAGAGCCGACUGGGCGGUAGCGCCGGCGCUGCCCUGGGCCAGAUCUCGACCAAAUCGCACGUCCUCGGUGUUGAGGGCCACAACUACAACAUCACUCUCGAGGCCCUGCUUAUCGGUCACGAGGCCGGUCUCACCAAUGUCCACUGGUCACCAUCCCCCUCUCCUGUCCUCCUCUCGUCCGCAGCAGACAACUCGCUCAUCAUCUGGUCGCCUACGGAGGGUGCGAGCGGCUCCGAGUCGAGGGACGGUAUCUGGGUGCCCGAACACCGUUUCGGCGCAUUUGGCGGACGCGGACUGGCGUUCUUCGGCGCAGUAUGGGGUCCAGGGGGCGACAGCGUAGUCGCCACUGGCUGGACUGGAGGCGUGGAACGCUGGGUUCGCUCUGCCACUGGAGCCGGUUGGGACGCUGCCCCCGGCGUGACUGGGCACUAUGGCUCGGUCCGCUCGGUCGCGUGGGACCCGAGGGGAGACUACCUCCUCACCACCAGCUCCGACCAGACAUCGCGUAUCCACGCUGCGUGCGAGCCCACUGCUUCGACGAGCGAGAAGCCCGUGUGGUCCGAGAUUGCCCGUCCCCAGAUUCACGGCUAUGACAUGGUCGACGGCGCCUUCCUCUCUCCGUUCCGCUUCGCGAGCUGUGGUGAGGAGAAGGUGUUCCGCGUGUUUGAGGGUACUGCUGGCUUUGCGGGGUCGCUCCGUGGCCUGGGAGUGCGCGACGUGGUCUCAGAGGAAGAGGCAAAGCUGCCCAUUGGCGCGACCGUUCCACCACUUGGUCUCUCGAACCGCGCGCUCGGCAAGGACAUGACCGAGCCCGAGAUCAAGACCCAGAACGAGUCGCGCGACUCGGUGUCUACUGCGCUCACUACGCUGCCUACGGAGGAGGAGCUCAACACGUCAACACUCUGGCCUGAGAUUGAAAAGAUCUAUGGUCACGGCUACGAGCUUGCCGUUCUUGCGACGUCGAAUGCUGGUGACCUUAUUGCUACAGCCUCGCGCGCGUCAUCGGCAGAGCACGCCACCGUCCGUGUCGUCUCCACUUCCACUUGGGGACUCCUUGGCGAGCCGCUCGCCGGCCACUCGCUCACCGUCACCCGCAUCGCCUUCUCCCCCGACGACAAGCUACUUCUCACUGUCAGCCGCGACCGUGGAUGGCGCCUGUUUGCCCGCGGUGACGGCGACGUCUUCACGGCUGUGGCGGGCGAGGACAAGGCGCAUGCGCGUAUGGUCCUCGACUGCGCUUGGGUCAGCACCUCGUCCUUUGCGACCGCGUCGCGUGACAAGACUGUCAAGCUGUGGUCCGUCAACGACGCGGGAGCCUGGAGCUGUACCUCUACCCUCAAGCUCGCGGACGCGGCUACUGCCCUGGCCAUCACUCCCUCGCCCUCGGCCAACCUGCUGGCGGUGGGAACCGAGAGCGGAGCCAUCGAGGUGUUCACCGUCACGCAGGGUGAAGGCGCACCGCUGGUGUCCGUGCCCAAGGACCAAGGACAUGCCUCAGCUGUCAACCGCCUCGCGUGGCGCGUCAACGAGGGCAAGGAGUAUCUCCUUGCCUCGGCAGGUGAGGACCGUGCCGUGAGGAUCUUUGACGUGCGGUUGUAG